AUGAAGCUAGUUGUGGCAUUGUUAGUCUUAUCACUAACUGUUUCGGUCUGUGAAAAAAAUAAAAUAAGCCCCAGGAUCACCGGCGGAUAUCGGGCCAAGGCCUAUACAAUCAUCUACCUAGUUGGAAUCGUCUACGCCAAGAGUCCGUUAUCCUCACUCAAAUUCGGAGCCGGCACCAUAAUUUCGAAUCAAUGGAUACUCACAGUCAAGGAUGUGCUGGUAUUUAAGUACAUUGAGGCCCACUUCGGAUCGAAAAGAGCCUUUUGGGGCUACGACAUUUUAAGGAUAUACAGGGAAAACUUUUACUUUCACUAUGAUAAAGAUCACAUUAUUGCCCUGAUUAAGUGUCCCUACCAAAAGUUUGAUCGUCGAGUGAGUCGUGUUCGCGUUCCAGCUUAUGAUUCAAGAUUCGAUCGAUACGUGGGAAAUAUGACCAUGGUGUGUGGCUGGGGAACUGAGAAACGAAAGGUUAGGCUGCCCACAUGGAUGCGUUGCAUAGAAGUGGAAGUCAUGACGAACACGGAAUGCGCCAAAUACUAUACCCCAUUGAAAUGGUAUGAGAUGUGCACCUCCGGCGAGGGCUUCAAAGGAGUUUGUGAGGGCGACAUGGGUGGUGCGGUGGUCACAAUGGGGCCAAAUCCCACCUUCAUUGGCGUCAUAUGGCUCAUGCCCUCAAACUGCAGCAUUGCAUAUCCUUCGGUACACAUUCGCGUCAGCGAUCACAUAAAGUGGAUAAAGUACGUAUCCGGAGUAGGAUUUUAAAGCGGAUAGAUGGUAUAAUUAUGCAGGCCACAACUGGAGCAGUAUAAGAGAGAACGCUAUGGUCGAGUUGCUCGACUAUCAGAUACCCGUUACUCAGAUAGUGUCAGUGCGAGGCAGACAUUUCAAAGUUAUUUAACACAUCGAUGGAAA